AUGUUCCGCCAAUUGACUGUUCUUUCACGUACUGCGGCUGUCUCCAGAGUCACUGGUCCUGCUACUGUCUCCCGUGCUUUCUCUGUGUCGAUUGCCUCGAGAAAAUCGGUCGUGGACACCGCUAAGGAGGUCUUAGAUAAGGCCAACAAAAAGACAGGCGAGUUUUUGGCCAGCACUCUCGAGUCUUCAGAGAAGAUCUCUCCAAGCGGUGAGAACAUCAAGAAGGCUGCCAAGACCGUCAACCAGAAGACUGGUGAUGUUUUAGCAGAUGGCCUUGAGAAGACCGAGGAAAUCGCUCACAAGGCUGCCAGCAAGACCUCUGCUGCCACCGGCAAGGUGAAGGAGCUGGUUGAAAAUACCGACAUCAAGGUGGACGCUAGCAAGGCUGCUGAGCACAUCAAGGGUAAGGCUGGCGAGGCUGCUCACAAAGCUAAGGAGACUGCUGCUGAUGUCAAGGAUGAGGUCCACGAGAAGGCCCAGGAGCACGCCAGCAAGGCCAAGGAGACUGCGUCUGAGGUCCAUGCCAAAGCCCAGGACCAUGCUGAAAACGCCAAAGAGAAGGCUUCGGACUUGAAGGACGAAGUACAGGCCAAGGCCAGGGUUCACGCCAACACCCUGGGACAGGGUUAUGAGGAUUUGCAGAAGAAGGGUUCGAAAGUUGAGGUGGAACAAAACCGUCCUGACGAUGGUGUGUAA